AGGCUGCAGCGGCGGAGACAUACGAGCUGCGCGCAGGAGGCUGAAAAGCCUCAGCAGCCAGAUGCACCUGAUGGUGUCAUCGAUGAAGUUGAAUAUCUCUUUGCCAAUUCCAAAGAGGACGAGGCUUGACCGUCGUCUAGCUCGCCUGCAGCUUUCCCCGCAGGCGCCCAGCGAGCUGGAGGAUGACCCGCAGUCCGUUGUGGAGUAUGUUGCUGAUAUCUUCAGCAAGCUGGGCCGGGACGAGGACUGCUUGCUGCACUUGGACUACCUCCAGUUCCAGCCGGAGCUGGAUGCAGAGGAACGGGCCUUGGCGGCGGAUUGGUUGGUGGAGGUGCAAGACAAGUAUCGGCUGAGGACAGAGACAUUGUUCCUGGCCGUGAGCUUGUUGGACAGCUUCCUGGCUUUGCGGGAGGUGAGGCGCAAGGACCUGCAGCUGGUGGUGGUCGUGUGCCUCUUCGCCGCCGCCAAGUUCGAGGAGAUCGAGCCACCGGAUGUGCGGGACUUUGUCCUCAUGACGCAAGAGGCAUGUUCCAAGGAGCGGAUCCUGGCCAUGGAGGCGACGCUUCUGAAUGCUCUGGAGUUCAGAUUGUGCCGGCCGACUGCUGUGCACUUCUUGGACCAGUACCAGGAGAAAAACACCCUCAAGAAGUGCCGCUUCCUCACGCAGUACUUGCUAGAGCUGGGCCUCGUGGACACCCACAUGCUGAGGUUCACGCCUUCGUUGCAGGUGGCCGCAGCAGCGCUGGUCAGUUCAAGGCUGAUUGGGCAGCCGCUGGUUUGGCCCCAGCACACGAGGCAGGGCUGCUCCGAAGAGCGCUUCGCGGAGGUGGUGACCUGCGCUUUGGAGAUGUGCCGCCUCCUGGAGGAGUCGCCGCAGAGCGAGAUGCAGGCGGUGCGUCGGAAGUUCUUGAGGCACGAGUACCUCUCAGUGGCUGCACUUGUCGGCUGCACUGGUCACGCUGAGUGUUAGCAUUGCAUGAAUUCAACGUGGGGUGGCCCAAACUCUCACGGCCUCGCUGUUGAAGUGU